AUGGGGCGUCGAGCAAAGAAAGCGCCGGUCCAAACCAAAAAGAGAGCAACUUUGGCCAAGCGAUUCAAGUGUCCUUUCUGUGCCAAUGAAGAAAGUGUAGAAUGCAAAAUGGACUUCAAAGCUGGUCUCGGGAGUUUAAAUUGCCGAAUAUGUGGAGCUUCCUACCAAAUGCCAAUUCAUCACUUACACGAGGCGAUUGAUGUAUUCAGUGAGUGGUUGGAUGAUUGCGAAGCUGCAGCAACUGGGAGGACCAACGGGAGUGAAGAACAGCCACAGCAGCAAUAUGACGAAGAGUCUGAAGAUGAUGAAAUUCCUGAGGCAUCUGGAUUGCAAUCGAAGCCGGCUGCGCAGUCAAACAAGGGAAGCGCUCCUGCAAAGCAAUCAUUAACAGAUCUAGGGUUGGACGAUUCAGACUCCGACGACGAAUAG